AUGACGGGAGGGAUUGGCGCGAGGCAACAUCUUGUGGGCGUGGUCUGGCAGCGCGCGGGCCGGUUGUCUGUUGCCGCCAUGUCGCGGAGCGGGGAGCGAGUCUGGGGGGCAUUAAUUUUUGGGGUGCUGCUGAGACUUGAGUAUGUUGUCAUAACUUGGACAGGUGAGAAGUGUUUAAAUGCUGCUGCAAGUGUGUGCAAAGGUCGGUACCAAGUGGUAUUGGUGAAUGAAGUCCUCAGUCCUAGUGCUGAUCGAGAAAAACACUUGACAAUCACAGCGAGCCAAACGGGCACUGACGGCUGCAGCAACACCCAGCAAUGUGUUCUGAAGGAUGACUGGGACACUGUUGAGGUCAAAGUCGGGGAUACGGUCUAUGUCGAAGGAGAGAAGUCUUCUGAUACCUUUGUAGUAAGCAGGGAAAAGGGGUACCUGAUUGUGAGCCCAGAUCACCUUAUUUCUGGGACUAGUGUUGCAAACAGCAUCCGUUGCAUGCGUAAGGCUGUGUUGAAUGAGAGAUUUAAGGCCUGUGAAAAGGGAACGCAACAGAUGUUAGUUGGCACUUUGGUUCAUGAGAUCUUUCAAAAAGCAGCAAUGAGCAACAGAUUUACUCAGAAUGCAUUGGAAGAAGUGGCCUCUCAAACAGUAUAUUCCCAAAAGUACUUGGGAGAGAUGUACAGUUUGAAUCUGAGUCAAGCGGAUAUGAUGCAAGCAGUACGCGAUUACCUCCCAUCGUUAGUGACCUGGGCUCAAGAUUUCAUGGAUAAUUCUGCUCAGUCCGGCAUACAGCAAUUGCAGCUGAAACUACCCAGUGACAGAAAUUCAUCCAGACUGGCAUCAAUCUGUGGCAUCACAGUGCUUGAUAUUGAAGACAUUGAGGAGAAUAUUUGGUCCCCGAGGUUUGGAUUAAAAGGCAAGAUUGAUGUAACAGCUUCUGUUAAAAUUCACCGCCAGUCCAGGACACAAACUAAAGUCAUGCCUUUGGAGCUUAAAACUGGGAAAGAAUCUAAUUCAGUGGAGCACAGAAGUCAGGUAAUUCUGUACACCUUACUGAGCCAGGAACGCAGGGAAGAUCCUGAAGCUGGAUUUCUCUUGUACCUCAAAACUGGUGCCAUGCAUCCAGUACCAGGAAAUCAUAUGGACAAGAGAGAACUGCUGAAGCUAAGGAACCAGCUGGUCUUUUAUUUAACCAAUGGUAUUAUCUGGCCAGCAUCAAAGAAUACUGACACCAAGGCUGCAGCACUCCCUCCCAUCAUCAGUGACCAACAGACUUGCAGGUUCUGCUCACAGCGACGCAACUGUGCUUUAUACAGCAGGGCAGUGGAGCAGGAGUUGGAGAACUGUUCUGUACCUGCAGAUGUGAAGCCAAUUCUGCAAGAAGAGACUAAGCACUUGGAACUUGUUCACUUGCAAUACUUCCAGCUCUGGUACUUGCUCUGUGUUCUGGAGGCGCAAGCUGUUGAUAAGAAGGGAGGACUGAAAAAUAUCUGGCUGCAUUCUGCAGAGGAAAGGGAACAGCAGGGAUGCUGUGUUGCUAACCUUGUGCGCAGUGGUUGCAUCCAGACCAUUGCUGAUGGACAGUACGAGCAUAAGUUCACACGGAGGACUGGGUCAAUAUUGAAAACUGCAUUAAUGGUUGGAGACAGAGUGGUUGUAAGUGGUCAGGAGAAAAUGCUGCUUGCUGUCUCUUCUGGAUAUGUCACUGACAUCUGCUCAUUGCAGAUCACAUGUACAUUAGAUCGGAACCUCUCAAGGCUGCCUCUAGAAACAAUCUUCAGACUUGAUCAUGAAGAGGGAGUUGGAAAUGUGAACAUUCAUUUAGGGAAUCUUUCGAAGUUGAUGGAACAAUCUGUAGUCAGUGAUAAACUACGGAAAUUGAUCAUAGACCUCAGGCCUCCACAGUUCAUUCCUUUCCUGAGCACUGUACUCCCAGGGGAAGCAAAGGAAACUGUGGCCAAUAUUUUGCGAGGCCUGAACAAACCUCAGAAACAAGCAAUGAAGCGGGUACUACUUUCCAAGGACUACACACUCAUCAUGGGCAUGCCUGGAACAGGCAAAACUACCACUAUCUGUACUCUGGUGAGAAUCCUUCAUGCCUGUGGUUUCAGUGUCCUCCUGACAAGUUACACUCACUCAGCUGUUGAUAACAUUUUGUUGAAACUGGCUCGUUUUAAGGUGGGCUUCCUGCGUCUGGGACGUUUCCAAAAGGUUCAUCCUGACAUUCGAAAAUUCACAGAUGAGGACAUUUGUAGAAGGAAAUCCAUCCAAACCCUAACUGAGCUGGAAAGGCUGUAUAAAAGUGAACUGGUGGUUGCAACAACAUGUAUGGGAAUGAAACACCCAAUAUUCAGUCAAAGGAGGUUUGACUUUUGUAUUGUGGAUGAGGCAUCCCAGAUCAACCAGCUGAUCUGCCUGGGCCCUUUAUUUGCUGCCGAUCGGUUUGUAUUGGUGGGAGAUCAUCAACAGCUACCGCCCAUUGUUCAGAGCUCAGAUGCCAGAUCUCUGGGAAUGGAUGAGAGUUUGUUUAAACAUCUGGAGCAGAAUCUUGACGCGGUCGUUCAACUGAACGUUCAGUACAGAAUGAACAGCACGAUUAUGUCACUCAGCAACAAGUUAAUAUAUGAAGGAAAGUUGGUAUGUGGGUCAGAACAAAUAGCAACUGCAACUUUACAGCUGCCCAAGUGGAAUGAGCUGCAUGUACUUGGGCUGAAAGAUACCUGGCUACAAGAUGCCCUGGAGCCAUAUAAACCUGUUUGUUUCCUUGACACUGAAAAGGUACCAGCUCCAGAGAGAGAUGAACAAUAUGGACUGAGCAACCUGACCGAAGCUGAGCUGGUGUAUUGCCUGACAGCAGUGCUGGUAAAGGUUGGCUGCAAGCCCUGUAACAUUGGGAUUAUUGCACCUUAUAGACAACAGCUUAAAGCUAUCUGUGCUGUGUUGAUGCGGGACAAGGCCUUCAGUGCUGUUGAGGUCAAUACAGUGGACAAGUACCAGGGGAGAGACAAAAGUGUGAUUAUUGUAUCCUUUGUUAAAAGUAACAGUGAGGGAAAGCUUGGAGAGUUACUGAAGGACUGGCGAAGACUCAAUGUAGCACUGACUCGCCCCAAGCACAAAUUGAUAAUGGUGGGAUGUAUGUCGACGUUGUGCCAAUUUGCUCCUUUUAAAAAAUUAUUUGAUCACUUGAAGGCUGAACAAAUGAUCAUUGACCUACCUGCUGCAGCACAUACAAUCGUUGUUGCAAAGCAUGUGCAUUUGUCUUCCUGAAAAAUGUGAAUGUGGGGAGAACUGCUGUUUAGUGUCAUGUGUCUAUGAAAGGGAUAUACUUGCAUCUUAAUCGAACCUCUAUCUCCCUCCUGGAUAAGCACUGCCAAUCUAGACUGACCUACGCCUGUCAUUCAGGUGGACCUACUGCCUCUAAAUAUGAACCUAAACUAAUUGAUCAGAAUUUCUCACGUUGUUUGGUUAGUUCUGAAGAAGUUUGAAUUCAACUUUACUUGAAUCGUAAAGACUGAAAUCACUACCAGAUUCUAAAUUAAGUGGACUUAAGCUCAAAAUUAUGUUGCACCAACACACAUCUCACUACUCAAACUCUAUUAAUGUAUGACACUGCAUCACAUCAUAUUAAUGUGUAAUACCCAACAUGUACAUUAUUGUAACACUGUGAAAGAUUUGGAAAUAUUUCUGAGAUCCUGUUGCCAAGAUGAGCGAUAUUGGUGGUUAACUUCCAGAGCUUAAAAGAGAUUGUAAAGUCAGUGUAGAUUUCACUUGGUCAAUGUAUAUCCAAACUCAACAUCUCAGUUUGUCUUUUCAUGGCUUUGAUGUGCACAACUGAACCAUUUUGUUUCUCAUUUAUUGCAGUGCCUUUGUGGCUUGUGGACAUGAUUGGUGAAUUAAAUCCUUGCCAUUUAAGGGGUAGGCUGCAGGGAUGGAGGAGGAAUGGGGAGCUGUAUGUUCACUGCAGUGUAGAAAAUCUUGUGGUACACCAGAAUGGGUAGCUACGUGCUUAUGUACUGUUGGUCUGGUAGAAUGCUAUUUCUGGGCUGCUGCUUAUAUCAUUUAAGAUUGUUGAGACUUCCUGGACCAGUUGGGAACUGAUUACCAUUAUGGAGUUCCCAGCACAUUAACCUGGUGUACCUAUUUUAAUACAUAUUUGUAGCUGCACAACAAUUUCAAUAAAGUUUACAAAAAUUAA